UUUCAUAUUGUUGAAAGGAAAUCAGAAGAAUCACCUUCAAACAGAGAGCUGAAGAGGGACCCACUGCAGCUCAAUACUUAUGUGGCUUUGUUCGAAUUUACCCCCCAAGACAACCAAGACCUUGAAAUGAGACCCGGAGAUCGAAUAAUCCUGGCAGAUGAUUCCAAUGAUGACUGGUGGAAGGGUGUGAUUGAAGAUAGACUAGGUUAUUUCCCAGCAUCCUUUGCACAUCAGGUGAGGGCAGGCGACAGGGUGUUCAGAUGUAACCGGACCUUUAUUGGCUGUAAGGAGCAAGGGCAGAUCACCCUGAAGGAGGGACAAAUUUGUGUCAGCGGUGAGGAUGAACACAAUGGCUUCAUCAGAGUAGCCAGCGGGAAAAAGAGAGGAUUCGUGCCCUGUGACGUCCUGGAGAACAUAUGAAGUGAAAGAACAGAGAGAAGAGAUGGUUAGUUUAAAGAAAAGGGCAAUGAUCUUUGAGUGAUCUUUGAAUCCACCUGUAAGGUGACACUGGAGGGAUCAGAACAGCCCUGUUCUAACCCCUGUCUCCCUCAGUGACAAUGGAAGAAUGUACAGUGACUCCAAAGAGUAUUUGGACAUCUUAAGUCGCACCUAAAAAUGUAUAAACCAUCUGCAAACAGUUGAUGCCAGAGUUUUUCUUACUUUUCUAAGCAAUUUUUUCAACCAAUCAUAUUUGCUGAAUGAAAUCCAAUACUUGUUGCUUACUAAGUUGUGGUGGUGAACCCAAAAAUAGUGCCCGUUUUCCUCGAGUACAUCACACUUUCUCACAAAAUGUGAUGUGCUUUUUGUAGCAUUUUCGACAACCAUUUGUAAGGUGAAGUCCUGUAUUACCCCAUAACUACCAGGAAAAA